GGCUUCGUAUAUUAGCGGAUACUUAUUUGCGCGUUGGUUCUUCUAAAAUGUCAAUCGCGAAAAUUAGGGCAAUGGGUGCCAAGACAAAGACAGAGAUCCAGACGUCAUUCUCCAAUCGCUUCAGAGAUUGACGGAUGGGGCAAUUAAUUCCAUCUCCAGAUUUUCCGACAUCAUCUUCCAGACUUCAACAUUGAGAAUACCACCACAUACUCAUAUACUAAACUGGCAUGUUUCCCUUACAGUCUGCAAAUCUAGAUCUAGAUGCGCUGAGUGGGAUCUGCGGCUCAAUCUCCAUAGCCUGUUGGGUCGUUGUCUUCUCCCCUCAGAUCGUCCAGAACUUCCGUCAAGGCUCCGCUGAUGGCCUUUCGCUCCUAUUCCUUGCCAUUUGGCUCGCCGGCGAUGUAUUCAACAUCCUGGGUGCCGUCCUGCAGGGUGUCUUGCCGACCAUGAUCAUGCUGGCGGUAUACUAUACUUUGGCGGAUAUUGUCCUCUUAGGGCAGUGCUUCUACUACCGAGGACUUACACUGCGCGAUGAUCCGUCUGCGCGUAUCACUCGGGCUGAACGUGAUGAUUCGGAAGAGAAUGUGGCAUCGGCGACUGAGCGGACGGCGUUACUUUCUCCUCAUCACAAUGCACAAGACCAGUCAAGCAGAGCUCCAGGUGAAAGGGGACAUUCGUUUCGUGACUCCAUCCAUCCUCCUUCCGUGAACGCGACGCACUUAUCACCCGCAACACCUUUGGUCGAAGCAUCUCCCGAUGUAGUCCGGCCUACUCGAAACGUCUCCACCCUUCAGAACAUCAUCUUCAACGUCACCGCCGUUGCACUCGUUUGCGCUGCCGGCAUAUUGGGCUGGUACGUCAGCCCGAAGAACAAAGCGCCAAAGUCCCCCGACAGCGAAAACGCAGCCCUCACUUUUGAUAUUUUGGGCCAGGUAUUUGGGUACCUGUGUGCAGCCCUUUACUUGGGCUCGCGUCUCCCACAACUCCUUCUCAACUACAAACGCAAGUCUACCGAAGGUGUUUCUUUGCUCUUCUUCCUGUUCGCCUGCAUAGGGAAUCUGGCCUACGUCCUCUCGAUUUUCGCGUAUUCACCUGUUUGUGAAGGUGAUUCAUAUGAGAAGACUGGUCAUUGUCAGCCUGGGGAAGCCGGGGCGCUGUAUUGGCGGUAUAUACUCGUGAAUCUGUCUUGGUUGAUUGGGAGCUUUGGGACACUGUUGCAGGACAUGGCAAUUUUCACUCAGUUCUUUUUGUAUAAGGACAACGAUUACGCAUCAUGAGAUCAAUCUUUCUAGGGGAUACGGAUAACGAAAAGUUUAUAGUCUACAAUAC